GGGAGGGAGCUACACCUCGGCACAACUCCCCGACAGCUGUGCAACCCUCGAUCUAUGCUGCCGUCCCGUCGUCGGCGACGUCCGCCAAGUCUCCACCUGGAGCUCCAUCAGCCUGUCGCCACAGUCGCCACUGUGUCGACGAAGCUCAUCGAAGCCGUGAGAAGCGUGGCCGUGGAUAGCAACGAGUGGUCGAGCGUGCAGCAGAUCGGACACGGCGCAUUUGGCAGCGUGAUGCUUGCGCGGAGGCGGAUAGGUGACGAGGAGGUGGCCAUCAAGAAGGUCCCGCGGCAUCGGGCGUUUAAGGGAGCAAUGGAUCAGUUGGUGAUGGAGGUGGAGGCGCUGCGGGAUGUGGCCUCGCCGUAUGUGGUCGAGUUGUUCGGCGCAUAUCUCGACGACUGGCAUGUGUGCCUGGUGAUGGAGCACAUGGCGGGUGGCUCGGUGCGGCAGAUCAUGGCGCAGAGGUGCGGCAAGCUAUCGCAGGUGGUGAUCGAGCACGUGGCUAUGAGCGUGGCGCUCGGGAUGCGCGAUUUAUGGCUCGCCGGCGGCGUCAUGCACCGCGACAUCAAGCCGGACAACGUGCUUGUCGGCGCCAAUGGGCAGGUCAAGCUCUGCGACCUCGGCAUCGCGACGGUGAUCGAGGGCGAGGCGCAGCUUUCGCCGACCGGCUCGGGCCACUACCUUGCGCCUGAGCGGAUCGAGGGCGCGAGCUACUCGGCCAACGCCGACGUGUGGUCGCUUGGGGUCAUGGUGGUGGAGAUGGCCAACGGGUGCCAUCCGUACGCUGACGGCGCGCCCAUGGCCCUUGUCCUCCACGCCAUCGUCAGCGAGCCGCCGCCGAUGCUGCACUCGGCCGGAGCGUGGAGCUCCGAGAUCGAGCACUUUACGGCAUUGUGCCUCGUCAAGGAUCCAGUGGUGCGGUCAAGCGUCAAUGAGCUUGCCCACGACGAGGCUGUUCUCGCGUGGGAGGCGCGAGCGCUCUCCGACGACGUCGCUAGGUGGCUGCGUCAGGAAGAGUAUACGAAUGUGUGAUCUGUUGUUUUUUGUUUCGGUAAGGGGGUACAGAAAGGGAAGGAGUACAACAGAUGGC